UGCAGCCUGGGACGGCCGUGCCUGCUGCCGUCGCAGUCUGCGCGGCUCCUCCUGCGUCGUCGGCCAUCCCGCGGGGUGAAGGCCAUGGACGUCAACCAGCCCAAGCAGGAGCAUUUGCUGGCUCUGAAAGUGAUGAGGCUAACCAAACCUACCUUAUUCACUAAUAUUCCGGUGACUUGUGAAGAAAGAGAUUUGCCAGGUAAUCUAUUUAACCAGCUAAUGAAAGAUGAUCCUUCCACUGUAAAGGGUGCUGAAACUUUGAUGUUAGGAGAAAUGCUGACUUUGCCUCAAAAUUUUGGAAAUAUAUUUCUGGGAGAGACAUUUUCCAGUUAUAUUAGUGUGCACAAUGAUAGCAAUCAAGUUGUCAAGGACAUACUGGUGAAGGCUGAUCUUCAAACAAGUUCUCAGCGUUUGAACCUUUCAGCUUCUAGUGCUGCAGUGGCAGAACUUAAACCUGACUGUUGCAUUGAUGACGUGAUCCAUCAUGAAGUAAAGGAGAUAGGAACACACAUAUUAGUUUGUGCAGUAAGUUAUACUACGCAGACAGGAGAGAAGAUGUACUUCAGAAAGUUCUUCAAAUUUCAGGUUCUUAAACCACUAGAUGUGAAAACCAAAUUCUACAAUGCAGAGAGUGACCUCAGUUCUGUGACAGAUGAAGUAUUUCUGGAAGCUCAGAUUCAGAAUAUCACUACCUCUCCAAUGUUUAUGGAGAAGGUUUCUUUAGAGCCGUCAAUGAUGUACAAUGUUGCAGAACUGAACACAGUUGACACAGCAGGGGAAAGUGAGUCUACUUUUGGUGCAAGGACUUACUUACAACCUAUGGAUACACGUCAAUACUUAUACUGUCUAAAACCAAAACAAGAAUUUGCAGAGAAAGCUGGAGUAAUAAAAGGUGUAACAGUGAUUGGUAAACUAGACAUUGUAUGGAAAACUAAUCUGGGUGAACGAGGAAGGUUGCAAACUAGCCAGCUCCAAAGAAUGGCUCCUGGUUAUGGUGAUGUAAGGCUUUCACUGGAGACAAUACCAGAUACUGUAAAUUUGGAAGAACCUUUUGACAUUACAUGUAAAAUAACAAAUUGCAGCAGUGAAAGGACUAUGGAUCUGGUUUUAGAAAUGUGCAACACUAAUUCCAUCCACUGGUGUGGAGUUUCAGGAAGGCAACUUGGAAAGCUGCACCCAAGUUCAUCCCUCCAUCUUGCACUUACAUUGUUGUCUUCAGUGCAGGGAUUGCAGUGAACGACUGCACUGGACAACAAAUAGAUAAUAGAAGGAAACAGACUCCAUGUUUAUCUUUUAAUUUCUGCCUCUGAGAAGCAGGACUUUUUUUGCAUAUCAGCAAAAUCUCUCCAGGUCUAAGGUUUCACAGAAUUCAGUGAUCAACUGCACUACUAGUCCUAGACUUCCCCUUCAAAUUCCUCCUCUGGCUGAUAGACACAAUCAAAGACUGCUUGAAACACUAGAAAGAUCCUUCUAAAAGAUCCUAUGAAAAACUGGAGUGUUAAGACUUAACUCUGAAUUCUACAUUCUGAUGCCACCAGACAUUAAGUCUCCAGGAAUUAGGGAAAAGAAAUAAGAGCAGUAUGAAGGAGAACACAAAUUCUGCAAGGUUACAAAGACCUAAUGAGUAUCUGUCAAUAGAGAAAUACAGAGUGAAUAUGUCUGCAGACAGAUGAAUUUUGGUGUAUAACAGAAGCUAGACCAUACUGAAAAUAUUCACUAUCACAUAUUCAUUGGAGCCCAUACUCAAGAGAAAAAGAAAUGUAAAGCAUUUCUCUUCUUUUCUUAGAAUGUCUUUUUCCUCACAAAUAAAAUAGAAUCCUUGAAAGUAGGAAACAGUUCUUCUCAUAAACCAAGACCAAUAUAGUAAUUGUUUUACUUCUGCUAUAACAAGCAGAGGUACUAACAGAUAUGAAGUGCAGAAAGAAAGCAAACAUAAAAGAGAGAAAGAAGCAGCAGAAAUCUGUGGUACACAUACACAAGUCAUUACCAGUGUCUGCAUUAUAGCAUUGCUUAACUUAGAAUCACAAAAUUGUUCAGACUGGGAAAGACUUCUGCAACUGACGUGAUUUACAGUGCCUGUUGCUCAAAUUAAGGCACUACACAUUUGUAGCAUUAUAAUACUUUUUAAAUGAGAGAUGUCUUAAAAAUAAUAAUCUCAGAAACAUUAUAAUCAUGAUCUUAUUUGCAGAUAAUACUUGGUGGCAGUUUCAUUUACAUCUCCAGUCUCUUUCUGUGAUAUACAUUGAGCAAUUUAACACAUGUAGGUAUUAUAUACAUACACAUGCAUAUAUAUAUAUAUAUAUAUAUAUAUAUAUAUAUAUAUAUAUAUAUAUAUGUGUGUGUGUGUAUAUAUAUAUACAAAUAUGAAAGAACCUUUGUUACUUACCUUCCAAGCUUUCUUGUUCAUCUGGAGUAAAAGUAUCCAUCUGACUCUGUUCUCUCAAGAAAUGGAUGACUGCAUAAACCAAGCGCUUGACUGAUGACAUGUUGAAAUUGCUUUCUGUUAUGUCUUAAAAACAAGAAAAUCUCUUAUUUUAGAAAGUAUCCCUGUAGUAUUAUUUAGAAAUCCCUAUAGUAUUCCAGCCUCCUAGUUACCUCCGUAAGAAGUACACACAACACAAAACCUAAUCCUUCACCAGAAAGCCAAGUAACACAGUGCCUUGAAAAAAGUGGUGAAUUUGCAUGGAUUAAGGAAAACUGCUACAAUCAUGUAGUCUAACUACCAGAAAAAAAAAAAAAAACAAACACAUAUUUCCUCCAAUUCAUUCCUGGAAGAAAAGUUCACCAAGGCUACAAUAAUUGAGUAACUUAUUUUUUCAUUUAUACUUUUUCUAAAAUGGUUUGCACUUUAUUUACAUAUACACUUGCAAGUUGGAGCACAUUGGUUUUGAAGUCAAAACCAAUUAAAAAGCCACUGCAAUAAAUAUAACGACAUAAAGAAAUAUACUUCAGUAGAAGUUGUUUCAUGAUGUGCCUUGGUCUUACCCUUUUAUCAAAGAUGUUCUAUGGUAUGACACACACAGUGUUAUCCUUUGAUAAAAGAUGUUCUACGGUGUGACAUGCACAGUGUUAUCCUUCAAUAGAAGAUGUUCUAUGGUGUGACACAAGUGUUACCCUUUCAUAAAAGGUGUUCUGUGGUGUGACACACUAUUAUCCUUAAUAAAAGGUGUUCCAUGAUG